UUGUAAAAUACAACAUUAAUAUGCAUAUCGCGUAAAUGCAAUUUAUAUAAAGUUUGUAUUUAAAGUGAUUUGUUACCACUAACUAAAAGUAUGUCAGAAAAGUCAAGAGCUGACACGUCAACGAACACCGUACGUGUUCAGACCCAAAAUCCUUUGUUAAGUCCAGCCGUUACUGGACUUAUAAUAGAUACACCAAUUAUUUUACCAGCUGCGCCGCCAAUACAUUCAAUUCCUGUAACAUUAAAUAGAGAACCGAAAUCAUUAGUUGUUGUUGGUAAACCAUCUCAAAUUGAUACAGAAAAUUUAGAUGAAGUAAAUUUAAAUUCAUCAAGUGAAGAUACUCAACCGGCUCAGAUUGAUACAAACUCCAAUCCACUACUUGAACAAAAUACAACUAGUUCUGAUUCUAUAUUAAGUCAAGCAGCUUCUUCAUUUUCAGCUCUACCCUCUGUAGCGUCUAGCGUUUUUUCUACAUUUUCAAAACGUAUCUAUUCUGGAAGCUCUUCUCGGGAAUUAACGCCAAGUACAGAACAUAUUAGUACCGAUACAAAUGCUAAUUUUCAGGGACAAUUAAAUAUACAACCAGCAUAUAUACAACCGCAACAAGUGCCACCACCACCACAAAUAUUACAUUAUCAACAAACAGUGCCACAACAACAGCAGCUACCAUUUUUACAACAAUCCGUAACACCAUCACAGGUAGAUUAUCCUGCGGUUUUACCGCCACCACCAACACUAUUACAAUCUUCAGUAAAUAAUAACAACCAAAAUGCUUUAAUUGAUCAAGUAAAUGCACCAUUACCGGAUUUCUCUAGUGUGCCCACAGUAGAACCGCCUAAAUUAUAUACACCAACUGAUGUGCCCACAUUACCAACAGUGAGUGCACCACCGUCGUUAGGUCAAAAUACUUAUCGUCUUAAAGCAAAGAAAAAAAUAUAUGCUCCUAUACCUGGGUUCUCACAGCAAACAUUUCAACCAACACCAGUAAUUGAUCCGUUAGCUGUAAAUGCACCAAUAUCCUAUCAAGAAUCACAAUUUCCACAAACUGAAGUAAAUCAGCCAACCAACUUUACUUCUUCAGAUACAUUCUUUCAACUACAACCACAGCAACAACAACAACAACAAUCAUAUGCUCCACCAGCACAAGAAGUGCGCAAGGGUGGUUUAUUUUCAUUAACUAAUUUAGUACCAACUGGAGUUCUACAAAAUAUUUCUGGACUUGUACAAUCGGCUGCUGAUACUUUAACACAAACUAUUAAAUCAGAACCUUCACAGCCAAUAAGUACACCACAAUUAUACCAACAACCUUAUACAUCUGAGCCAUAUAACACAAACUAUUUUGGACAGACAUUACCACCAACACAAAACGUUGAACCUCCAUCAGCAGUUCCAUUUCAACCUAGUACCUAUAAUAUAAAUCAAAUACCAGGAACGAAUAGCAGUGUUGCAGAUCAAAAUAUUACUUCAACUGUUCCGCCAUCGAAUAUUCAAGUAACUACCACCGGUAAUGUUAUACCAGACAUAAAUCAAAACGCUGCAGCUUUUUUCCAUACAAGUUUACCGGCAACAGCAAGUAUACCUACUACUUCUGUACCAGCCCCUCCUCAGCAGAAUAUUCAAAUUGGUGAGGUGAACAAACCAUUAUCAGCUUUAAAUAUUUUUAGUCCUAUAACUGAAUCAAACACACUUUCAACAAUUUUACAACCAACUGAAUCAACUGAACCAACUAAUUUGUUCAAACUAAAUACCGAUAACUCACAAUCAUUGAAUACUGCUCUUGAGCCUAAAUUUACUACAGAUUCUGACGCAUUCCCAACAGCAACUCAACCGGCUGGGGGUAUACCGCCAGCAGCUGGUGUUUCUAGUUUAGGUCAUAUACAAUUGCAAAAUCCACCUUCUUCAACUACUGCACCACAUCAACUGCCACCAAUAUCAAGUGGCCCAGUUUCAUUUCGGUUACAAAAAAAACCAACUUCAACAAAUGUAAGUGAAACUGCUUCUUUGGUUUUCAAUCAACCAUUAGUUCCACAACAACAGUACCCUUUGAUACCGCCAGCAAUUUUUAAUCCGUUCGAUGCGCCAGUAUUAACGGUUGGCGGUAAUUUUAAUACGCAGUCUAAUAUUGUACAAUCUGGAAACUAUUUUAUACAAGAAUCUGUGCCAUUAGUUGUACCUGAGAAUCCAUCAAUUAAUGCAACUGAAGUUAAACAUACAGCGGCAAAUAUACUUGAACCAACUAAUAUACUUGAAACUGUUGAACUUUCUACUACACUAAAAGAAACACAAUCUAUAAACUCGCCUUCUGCAAUAGAAGAAAUAAAAGCAGUAGAUAUCAACGUUUCUGCUCCAAUAAUUGAACAUUCUAACCAACAGGAUUCUCAAGAGCACAACUUAAAAUCAGAAUGUCAAUUGUCUUCGGACACAGUUGGUCUUAUUGAUAAACAAGAUCAAGUUUUUUCAAGUUCGGUAAUUGGACCGGGAAUAGAUCAAGCCACAGAUGAUUUAGGUCAUAAUUUGAAGACUUUAUCAGUUGAAACCGAAACAAAAACCAAGGAUUUAGCAAACUUUCUGCCUCCACCGCCUCAUACUCCUACGCAACGAGGAGCAGUCAAUCCAUAUAAAAGAGAAACUGUACGUUCACACGCUACAGCAGCGGUUUCUCAAUCAAAUUUAGCCAAUUUUUUUACACCUGUUCCAGCAAACAACGCAGGUGGAUCUGAAUUUAAUUUCUUUGCUACGUCUACAACUACUGAACCCAUAAAUUCUAUAAAUUCCUCUUUUCAAACAACACAACAAGAAAGUCAAACUUCUGAAACAACUCAACUAACUAAUUUUUUCAAUCAACCAAUUGAAACGUCUGUACACAAUUUAAGCCAAAAUACUUUUGAUAUUAAUACUUCAAGUGCAGUACCACAAGGGCUUUUUUCUCCAACAUCUCAAAUAGUUGGUGCAGCGCCACCAAUAUUGUUACAAGAAAAAGCUAACGAAAAGUCUAUUGCACCACCAUCAACUGAAGCGCUAAAAUAUAAUUUAAAUCAAAGUACUUUUGAAGUUACUGAUAAACCAAGUGCAGUACAACAAGUAUUUUAUUCUCCAUUGCCUCAAGUAGUAGAUAUACUGCCACCUUCAUUGUUAGAAGAAAAAUCUAACGAAAAAUCUGUUGUAGCACCUGCUAUUGAAACGGCACAACAUAAUUUAAAUCAAAAUACUUCUCAAGCAGCCAAUAACUUAAGUGGAAUAACACAAGGAUAUUUUCCUACGCAACCACAAGUAAUUGGAAUAACGCCACCUUCAUUGUUACAGGAAGAACCUAGUAAAAAAUCAACUGAAACUGAAACUUUGACUCAUAAUUUAAAUCAAAAUACUUUAGAAGUUAUUGAUACUUCAAGUACAGUACCACAAGGAUUUUUUACUCCAUUAUCUCAAGCAGUUGGUAUAGUGCCACCACCAUUGCAGCAAGAAAAGACUAACGAAAAGUCUUUAGAACAAGCACCAAUUGAUACACCAAAAUACAAUUUAAAUCAAAAUACAUCGGACGUUACUGAUAAUUUAUCACAGAUACCACAGGGAUUUUUUCCUCCAUUACCUCAAGUAAUUGGUAUUGCACCACCACCAUUGGCACAGGAAAAACCUAAUGAAAAUUCUAUUCUAACAGCAUUGAACACAAAUUUUGCUCCGCCACCAAUUGGUUUUGAUAAUAUAGUUAAACAAACAUUCGCCACAGUUGCGUCUACGUCUGAAAUAUUGCCGGAAGUGGAAAAUUUAGAUAAAUCAAAAAAUAUUGAAUUAAAAAAUUUACCAUUGGAGAACAUUUCAGAUAAUAAUUCUACUUCAAAUUUUUUUUCCACUUUUUAUUCUGGAACAUCAAAUUUACCAAUACAGCAAGCGCAAAAUUCUCAGUCAAUACUUCCAGACCCAUUAACAUUUUUUGAUUCCUUUGCGAUAAACAAUUCUCAGUCACCAUUCAGCGCAACUGCGCCUGCACUAGAAACUGCUGAUGAGGAACAAUACAAAGAAGCAGCACAAACCAACGAAGAUCAACUUAUAAAUAAUUUUUUUAAUAAUCCACCACCUAAGGAAAGUGGGUCAGGAGUUGGUGAUCUAAACUAUGAUCUAGUACAUACUGGUUUAGCUGUUAAAAACUUACAUACUCGUUCAUUAACUCCAAUUUCGAAUGUAGUAGAACCGCCGUCGUCAUCGUGUUCGGAAUUUUCAGAAUUAAAUAAUAGCGCGGUUUUGGCACAAAAAGUAAUUUCAGAAACUGAAAAAAAUAAAAUAAUACCACAGAAGGUCUGUGAUUCUGAUAAAACUGAUAAAACAGAAAAUAUAAACGAAGAAAUUAAACAUUACGAGGAGUUACCAGAAGAAAUACUACAGUCACUUAGAAUGGCUAAUUUGUUGAUAAGCGAAAAAGGCGAUGCCACAGCACCACCAGCUACAAUUGCAUAUACAGCUGCUAUAAAACAUUGGUUUUAUAAACGUGCUGAUGGCAAUAAAUUUGUGUGGACACCAUUUAGUCAUUAUGACUCAGCAUUGUUGGAAACAAGUCUUAUUGCUGGUAGUGAUGUUUUAGAUAGCUCAACACAGUUAGUAGCUGUUGAAGGCGGGCGUUAUGAUGUCAAUAUAUCUGCACGUUCAAAAGUGCCAGUAUAUUGGGAAGGCGACCCCAUUGAAGUAAGACGUUGCUCUUGGUUCUAUAAAGCAACAGACUCGAAUUAUAUACCAUAUGAUGAAGAGACGGCUGAGUUAUUAGAGAAAGAAUAUAAGCAAGCAGCAGAAAGUGGUGUAUGGCAUAGAAAAAUAGUUAUUACCGGAGGAGAGCUGGUUGUAUUUCAUGGUCCAACAGUAAUCGUACAUUUUCAACAGCAAAAAAAUACAGAUGCUUGGGGAGGCACAUCACAAGUUACUUCGCGCCCACGUGUAGUUAAACGUGAUUUAGAUGAUUUUGUUAUAGAACAAGGUGAAUCACAACGAGUCGAUCAUUUAUUAUUGAUGGUACACGGUAUUGGUGCCGCUUGUGAUCUAAAAAUGCGUGCAGUGGAAGAAGUUGUUGAUGAUUUUCGAACUAUUGCACAACAAUUAGUACAAUCUCACUAUAAAAAUUCGACAGAAAUGGGUAUUGUUGGACGAGUGGAAGUUUUACCUAUAUCAUGGCAUAGCGAUUUACAUUCAGAAGAAAUGGGCAUUGAUGAAAAACUCAAAUCGAUUACUUUAGAAUCAAUACCAAAACUAAGAAAUUUUACUAACGAUACUUUACUUGACAUUCUUUUCUAUACUAGUCCCACAUAUUGUCAAAAAAUAAUAAAUACUGUUGUACAAUCAAUGAAUAACGUUUAUAUGAAAUAUCGCGAAAGACAUCCCGAAUUUAGUGGUGGUGUUUCAGUAGGUGGACACAGCUUAGGUUCACUAAUAAUGUUUGACCUCUUAUGUCAUCAGAAACCUAUCAAAGAAAGUGAAGAACAGAAUAUGGAAAAUCCAGAUAGUUUUGGUUCACCAGUAUCAUUGAUACCCCAAAAAGAAAUAAGUGCAAAACAAAUCAGUUACACAAUGGGUCCGGCUGGAACAGGUCAACCCUAUAUCAAUUAUGCGCAGCUAAUAUUCCAACCUAAAAAAUUUUUCGCUUUGGGUUCACCAAUUGGCAUGUUUGUUACUGUACGAGGAAUAGAUAAAUUGGGUUUAGAUUUUCGCCUUCCAACUUGUUGCGGUUUUUACAAUAUUUUCCAUCCAUUUGAUCCAGUAGCUUAUCGUAUUGAAGCACUGGUAAAUCCUGAUAUGAGUCCUGUGCGGCCAGUAUUAAUACCUCAUCAUAAAGGAAGAAAACGUAUGCAUUUGGAGUUAAAGGAAACAAUGACACGCGUUGGAGCUGAUUUAAAAGCCCGGUUUCUCGAUACAUUUAAAACAACUCUUAAUAGCGUAUAUUCACUAGGAUUUAAAACUAAAAAAGAGGAAGAAGAAGCAAUGGCUAAAGAAGUUGAUAAGGUUUUAAAAAUGCAAUUACAAAAAGAAGAAGACCAACAAGGGCGUGAACAUAAAUCUCCUAAAGGUGAACCAAUGGACCAGGGUUGUCAAGAAAACGAAAGAACUAAUGCACAUUCCAUGAAACGUAGCCGCGUCGAUUCUUUUUCUACAAUUAGUUCAGAUACGGAAACUCCAGAUAUUGAUAUACCACUUGGAAAACUAAAUGAUUCGAAGCGUAUAGACUAUGUUUUGCAGGAAGCUCCUUUAGAAUUCUUUAACGAAUAUAUAUUCGCUCUGAGUAGCCAUGUUUGCUACUGGGAAUCUGAAGAUACCAUACUUUUUAUAAUGAAGGAAAUCUAUUCUGGAUUAGGAGUAAGUCCAGAUAGUCAAGUACCACAGCAAACCAUGACAAUUGAACGACCAAGUUCACAAAAUAGUAUAUCUCAGUCUAUACUAUCUCCAAUGCAAUAAAUUGCAUUGUAAAAAUGUAACCAUAGAGGCAAAGAGGCGAAUUUAUUCUAAAUUUUGUGUAAUAUCUAAAAUAUAUAUUUUUUCUCAAUUAUUAAAAGUUGUACAUUUUUUCUUGACUAUUUCCCUUAUUAAAACUUUAAUUA